UGAGUGACAGCUGUUAAAUAUUUUGUUGGACCGUAUCCCAGAUGCAGAUCAGGCAGUGGUUAGUUAAUUAGGUAUGGACUUCAUUCGCCAAUUUAUUAAACCAAAGUCUGCCUCUUUUCACCAGUGAGACGUCCUCUUCAUGUGCACUCUAAUGGCAUAAUUAUCUUGUCGAAAAUCUCGUUCAGUCUGACAACACUGGGGUCCGGGUCGGCAGUCACUGUGAUCGACCUCACUAAACCUUGAACGGUUAACGGUGCAUAAUGCGCACAGUAUACGGUGCACCACCCACCGACUGGCGCGCUUAUGUGUGAGGAGUCGCGGUGCUUGGAACGUCUGAGAAAGUCGGCUUAACUCUUCAAGAUGCGUUGCAAGCUGAAACGGAUUGCCUCCACCUUGCUUUUUGGACUUGCCUGCUCCAUCAUAACAGCACUCCAUAUUUCAAGCAGGCAGCUUCCGAAUGGGGAAUCGUUGGAGAGUGGGGAAAGGUCCAAACUUCGAGACCAAAAAGUUGAUGUCCGGGAAAGUGGGACCGGACCUGGCGUGCCUCCCAGGCCCGUGUUGCCCGAGAAACAACGGGAGAACUCCUUGGGUGUCAGGUUACAACGAGAAAUGGCUUGGGCCGUGGACGACUCCAGAACGGACUCUGUAAAUUUACCACAACAGCAACAACAACAACGGCCGAAAAAAGUUGAUUUGAACACCCAAACUUUACUGAAACAUUUCAACAUUGUUGCUCCAGCUAGUGUAGUAGACAAGAAAAGGACAGAACAGACUAAAACUGAAAGUAAAACUAACCAAGUUGUUCAAGAAAGUUUGCAAAAAGUGGGCCGAGGGACAAAUUCAUCGAAGGACGACAAUCUGUCUCGGACGGAGUUGGCGGACAUUUUUAUCGGGGUCAAAACAACAGGGGCCUACCAUAAAACACGACUACAGCUUAUCAUCGACACUUGGCUGCCGCUAGUUCAAAAGCAGACCUAUUUCUUCACUGAUCAAGAUGAUCCUCAUUAUCAACAAAUAUUAGGAGACCACCUAAUAAAUACAAAAUGUCCAGCUCUACAUUCAAGACAGGCCCUGUGCUGUAAAGUGGCUGUAAUAUACGACAAAUUUUUAGAAUCGGGAAAAAGGUGGUUUUGCCACUUAGAUGAUGACAACUACCUCAACGUGCUGAACUUGGUGCAACUGUUGCGCGGCUACAAUCACCAGCAGGAUCUGUACCUAGGCCGGGCCAGCCUGACCCACCCCAUACAGGCAUUGGAUAGAGAUAAAGGAUAUGCAGAGACUAGCUUCUGGUUUGCUACCGGUGGAGCUGGCUUCUGUAUCAGUAGCAGUCUAGCACUCAAGAUGGCUCCCUUAGCAAGCGGAGGCAAGUUUACCAAUCAAUGUGAUCGAGUCCGUCUUCCAGAUGACGUUUCCAUGGGAUUUAUUAUAGAUGGUGUUCUACAUGUGCCAUUGACGAGGCUAGACAUUUUCAAUUCCCACCUACAAGGCUUGAAUAGAUUCGAUGAAUCCAAGCUACCUAAACAGGUGACGUUAAGCUACUACCUCUCAGCAUCUCGGAAUAACACAAUUACCCUCCACAAUGCUGCAUUCACCAAAGAACAGGACCCAACAAGAUUGAAGUCCUUGCAUUGCCGGCUGUAUCCUAAUGCGUCCAAGUGUCCAUAACUACAACCGAGGAAGAAACAGGACUCUUGCCAUGUCAGAGCUACAGACGAAUCCGGGCAAAUGAUCACGGUAUACUCACGAGGCCCCCUUCAAUGGCCGAACCAUUGUGCAAGGCUACUGCCCCAGUACGGAUUAUCUGAACAAUAGCUAGCACAAUUGUUACGCCAUCAAAGGGGGCCUCCGGAUCAUACUUCAUGUGAAUUCCAGUGCGAAGCGAAUUCGUUAGGGUAAAGGCGAACGUGGCAUUGAAACUUCAAUUGGUUCACUUUCAAGUGAUGUUUGAUCCGGCCUUUUUUCCCCCAGACUUGUUUUAGAGUUAACCUGUUUGCUUUUUUUAAUUGAAGCUAUUGUACUUUGAGCGAAAGGGAUUUUUUUAUAUUGACUGCUGUGAAGUGGUAUAGUAAAAUAUUGCCCUGUUUAGGCAAUUGUUCAUUAUAUAGAAUAUGAUAUGCCCAUGGUUCAUCCAGGUAAGCUCGGUUUAACUGUGUCACGAGUCAAAGCAAUUAAUAUUUACUUCAUAACACCUCACAAAUUGAUUCUGCCGAGUGUCAGAUAUCUAUUCAUUAAACUGAAAUAAUACAAAUUUACUGGUGCUUCAGUUUCAAAUCAAUUGAAAAUUAACUUUGAAAAUUUCCCGACACAAACACCUCAGGUUGCUAUGGGUACGCUUUGAUGGCCGUGGGUACAGUAGGUUUUUAAUACGAAGGUCUUUUUAGCAGUGUAUGCUAAGAUAGUAAAAUUUACAAAGGUCAUGUGAUGCUAUCUUGGCCAAUGACGAGACAGAACGUGAGGUUAAUGUAAUAUUAUAAACAAUCUUUUAUUCAUAUCAUUCCAAAGAUAUUUGUGAAAUGUCUUCUGUUGAAACAACUCAGAAAAUGUUAUUAAAAUUUGUGCCAUGGAAAAAUAUGCUGACGGCCUUCCUUUAAAGGGAAUAUACAACUU